GCGCCAUAGUAGAGAAAUCGUUCAAACAACAAUCGUUCGUUGUCAAAAAGUUAUGAAUUUUUAUUAUCGAUCACUCGGCAAAGCGGUUGGCCGGGGGUGUAACGGGGGCCGCGAAACGUUUCGUCUGAUCGUUCUCGCGGGUGAUUCUGAACGGUGGCAACAAGCCCCGAGUGUUAGGGGCCUCGUUUCAAAGUUUCUGUUUGGCGCCUCGCGCGGCAGCAUAACGUCCGUGCCGGCCGCCAUGUUGUAAUACUGGUGUUGUCAGGCAUCAUGGGUUAACACGGGUAAAGUACGUAGCGGGCAUUUUUACGUGUGCAUAGGUGUUUUUUGGGUCGGUGUCGACGCGUUUUCGCGCUCAGGUUGUCGUCCGUACCGGGGCCCGUUCCGUUGAGCAGAGUUUGCGGGCCGCGGGUGCCGCGUUCCUGCGCAUUUAUACCUACGAUCGGUCGGUCCGUUCGUCCGAGUGAGUGCAACGUCUUGCUAACGCAGGGAGUCGUCUACUGACCGCGAGGUCCCGAGCAUCAUCCCCAGUGUGCGGGAGGUGAACAAUAACGACGUCGCCGGGGUCGUCCCGAUGUCCUCGUACUGCGUCAAUGUUUUCCAGUGACACGUGCAGUGUGGGAGAUACACCUGGGGGUUUUGAGCUACUAUGGCCAAAAUUCUUGGUAAGGAUCCCGUUACAUACGCCAAGGAACGGGACGGUUUCCUCAGGGAGCUGCACCACUUCCAUGAGAGUCGGGGGACUCCAUUUCGUCGGGCGCCCAUUUUAAGCGGCCACGAGAUCGACUUGUACCUCCUCUACUCCCUCGUCACCGAACAAGGAGGAUGGAUCAAGGUGAAUUCAAAAAAUGGUUGGCACGAACUGUACGAGCACUUUCGCGUACCCGGAAAGUGCGUCAACGGGAGCGUCGCCUUGAAGCAGAUCUAUCUGAGGUAUUUGGAUCGGUGGGAGAAGGUGCACUAUUUAGGCGAGGAAGCCGAUAGGGGUAGCGACGACGAUGAAGAGAGCCGCCACAAGCGCUGGUCCGCUAGGGCUCUUCAUUCUGUACCGUUGACGUACAACUAUAGUCAACACAACAUCACUGAAUCAACUAGAGAUUACAACCACCUCUCAACAGACCUCUACAAAGCAUCAGACUACGACCGUUUAGCUCUAUCGCUUCUGUCGCCAUUGCCCAAUGAACAAGAUUUUGCAAUAAACGUAUGCACUCUUCUGUCAAACGAUGGAAAACACACCUUAAAAAUUGAAAGACAUCCUCGGAUAGUUGAUUACCUGGUGGCUCACGCUGGAGUUUUCAGUCACCCUUCUAUGCGGGCGGUUUUCGAGGAUUCUUACAACAAAGUCCGAAGGCAUCCGAUAAACACUUUCUGGAACGAAGUGAUCGAAUCGGAAGAAUUUUUGGAUCUCACCAAUGAGAAAAAAUAUUCAUGUUCGGAAACCGUUCGUGCUGUGGCCACGGGAGGUAUCGAACCCGGCAUUCCCCUCAGUGACGUACCUGCCGAAUCCGACGAGAAAGUGGUCGCGACGGAAGUGCAAAGGACACCAUCGAGCGGCAAUAGUAACUUAGAAAAUGUGAUAAGUGAUUUCUAUGAGUGUUGUAGUGAUAGUGACCUAAAUGAUGAAAGGUUUAAGUUAAGGUUAGGGCCUACGGACAGUGAAUUGUUUUCGUUAGGCAGGAAUCUUGGAACGAGAGAUUAUAUCGGUCAACGAGUUUUGCAGGUCGCGACAAUAUUAAGGAACUUGUCGUUUAUCGAUGAGAACGUUCCCAUUUUAUCGAACAAUCGGACUUUUGUGCGUUUUAUGUUGUUGUGUUUGUGUUCCAGAUGGGGUCCGCUACAGAACCUCGGUUUUGAUAUGUUAGGCAACAUUUCAUCCGAGUUUCAAGUAAAAGACCCCCAAAACGACCGUCUAGCCACUCAUCUCCUCAAAAUCGUCACCGUCGGUUUAAAAAGCGAAGAUCGCAGUUCCUGCAUAUCGUGUUUAGACGCACUCAAUAAACUCAGUCAAAACGAAUUGAACGAAGACUCUUUAACGCGCGCUUUGGAAAGCUUAGUUUACGAACGUGUGUGUACCUUCUUGACGAUCCACGACGUCAUGCUUCUCAUAUAUACUUUGGAGUGUUUGUACUCUCUAUCUUCUCUCGGUGAACGUGCGUGCAACUACAUAGUCAAUAAUCACGGUGUCGUUGACACUCUUGUGUCUUUGGUCACAGUUGAAGGUAAAAGUUAUGGCCCUAAAGCCUGUAUUGGUAUGAAACUUGUUGAAACCGUUCCCGGUGGAUCUUUAGCUACCCAACCGGGUGCUACAUCUACGGUUACUAACGUUUCUGGUACAUCAUCGUCCAUUCCUGCGUCUAGUGCAAAUACUCCAACAACUGUUGUUAGUUCAAUAUCUACAAAAUCGGGAAAUUUGAGUAAUACACCACAAAGAGUUGUUCAAAUGGCACCACAAAGAUUAAUUACAAUUACCCCAACGUCACAAAGUUCGACGACAACUCCAAUAACAAUACAACCUACGGCUGGAAGUCCUCAAGCAACCCCGGCUAUCACUCCUCAACAAAUGGUACAACAACAACACGCUCAUCAACAAGCUAUUCAAGAAAACGAACAAUUUGCAUUAGCCUGGCUGAGAGCAACUUAUGAACCAAGUAAUAAUGGCCGUGUUGACCACCAAGAAUUAUACAAACAUUACAUAAAUUCCUGUGCGAAAAUUGGGAGGAGAGGAGUGAUAGCUCCGUUACAUUUUCCAAGAUGUGUCCGAUCGGUCUUUGGUGGUACAGUAGGCCCAAAUCCUGUGAAACCAGCGAUGCCAAGCGAUCCCCAAUACUACGACGGCAUUAAGGCGCGCGCGCAGCCGUUAUCGGUAAACGUCCAACAACAACAACCAUCCGUAACCACCACAACCAACACCUCUGUCGCCGUACAAAGUCCUUCCAAAAGUAUCGCGUCAACUGCGAAGCGCAAAGCUUCUACCGUCUCGCUGUCGGUUACGGCCGACUGCUCGGACACGCCCCCCGCGUCUCCUGCCUCACCCAUUCUCAAAGCGCAACUGAGCGCGCCCCCAAAACCCAGAGAGUCGACCGUUACCGUCACCACUACCGCGACCACCACCAAUAUCGUUGUUUCGACCAACACUUCCACCGUUGUACUAACUAACAAGAGCGACCCCAAAAGUCAGGUUAUGGCACACCCCCAUUUAAGUCAGGCUUUACUGGGAACGGGGCAGAACGCGUCUUCUUCUACAGGUGGUAAAGAGUUAGGAACGGGUCAACCAAAUACGUCGCUCAUCAAAAGUUUACUAGCGACUAAGGUAACCACAGAGUGCAUGACUGCAGUAAGCAUGAAGACUGCUACCGACAGCCAAACAGUAACAACACAGGUUGUGGCUAGGCAGCAACAGCAAAGAUUAUUAGCUCAACAAACUCAAACGCCUGAAAAUAAAUUAAACAAAUCGACUCUUAUUGAAACGCCUAAAGGGAUUCGUUUAAAUGGAGCUCGUCAACUUUUCUCAGAUACAGAUACUACAGAAUCUGAUGUGACAUCAACGACUCAAAAUACGACAUCGAAUAUACGAAAAGAACCCCCACAACCACCUCCACCUCCACUGGCACCAUUAAGCAGUCAAAAACCAAAACAUAUGAGAAUAGAAAACGAAGACAGUGAUUCAACGGGUAAUAAUUCGUUGGCUUCGAGUACGGGUUUGGGAAAUAUCGGAAUGGGUGGUGUUUCCAGUACGGAGGAUGGUGAUAAUUCACUAACUAGUUUUGAAGGACUUUUAAAUGGGAUUCCAAGUAUUGAUAAUCCGUUAAAUGACGAUAGUAAUUCCAAAGAUUCGGUGAAAAAUAGUUUGAAAAAACCUCUGAUGUUGGCGGAAUUAUUAGAAAAGAAAGUUGAUAAAGAUACGUUGAUGAUGAAUGGGGUUUUGGGGAAGGAGUUGAGAAAAGGCGAAAAGAGUGUUGAUUUGGUUGAAAAUCACAUAGACAAAAUUUUAAGUAAAGAAAAUAAUUUAAAUGAAGCAAGAGAACAAUGUGGAUUUAUCGAGGAAGAUUCAAAUUGUAUUAACGUAAAAUUGAAUGAGAAUAAAAUAAGCUUAAAAAGAGCAGCUAGCGAUGAUCUUCCUUCAGAACCGGAGGCUAAAAAACCUCUCUUAUUAACUAACGUCAAUGGCAACGCAGAUUCACCCGCUCCAGAUUCCGUAGCCAGCUCAAAUGGUGAUGAUCAACCAACAGAGAAAGUAUCAACGGCAGCAGCUAAAUUAUUUGCUGAUAUGGCCGCUGACAUCCUUGAAGACGAAGACGUUGACGAAUUAAUGCAAGAAGUCCAACAACCAACAACAGUUUCUCCUCCAAUUCCAGUUGAAGAACCAUCAUCCGUUGUAAUAUCGUCUCAAAGCAACGUAAUGUCUCAAACGAGUUCAGUUCCGCAAGUUUUCGUCGAUGGAAACCAGCAAGUAUUAUUAACACAACCAACACGUCAAAUAAUCGUGUCUCAACCCCAACUUAAAACGCAAAGCGGUCAAGUUAUCGUUCAAAAUCCCCAACAACAACGACCAGGACAAAUUAUUCUUCAACAAGCCAAUACUGGUCAAAUUUUAUUGUCUCAAGGGCUUCAAGGACCAGUUCAGUUGGUUGCUAGUUCAACUCAACCAGGUCAAUAUGUCAUCCAAACGAGUGGAACUCAAAAUUAUAUGGUCGCGCAACCCCAAACCGCGAUGGUACAUGGUCAACCCCAAACGGUUUUAGUUGCGCAAACACCACAACAACAAGGAACUAACACAAAAACGAUCAUCAUCCUUCAACAACCAUCGCAACAACAAAAGGUUGUUGUAACUCCUCAAGGACAACAAGUGGUUGUAACUCAGGUUCAAAGGCCAAUUUUACAAUCGUCGAGCGUUAGCAACAAUAAUAAUAAUAAUCAAAGUUCGACGAGCGGUGGUAUUAUUAAAAGUGCUGCUUCGCAAUGUACCUCUACUAUUACAACUACAAUCACAGCGGAGAAAAAGACUGAGGAGAUUAAGGUGUCUCCAAAACCGAAAAUCAUUCGUGAUUUAACGACACCUUUCGUUUGUGAAUGGGGUGAUUGCCAAAUUGAAACGAAAUUUAAAUCAGCAAACCAAGUUUACUUGCACGUUUGUGAAAUGCAUGUUCCAAAAGGUUCCGAGGAAAUUAUGUGCCAGUGGGAUCGAUGUGACAAUAUGAAGAGGAAAAGAUUCUCUCUAAUGACGCAUUUAAAUGACAAACAUUGUAAUACAGAGGCUAUGAGGGCAAGUUUAACUCGUCGGAAACAAGCCCAACAUUCAGGGAAAAGUGAAACAGCUUCGACUUCAGCAGUGGCCCCUCCGCAUCCUGGUUAUGCACCAGAUGCAGCGUUCCACGCGAUUAAACGGCAUGCGUUAGAAUUUGUAAAUCCAAAGGAAUUACAGGGUUCUACUGUAAGUUCUUCUCAACCUCCGCCCAGACCUGGGCCUUCAAUAACUGAACAGGACGACAAUGAGGGACCGGUUACGAAAAGCAUCCGUCUAACAGCCUCUCUCAUACUUAGGAAUCUCGUAAUAUACAGCAGUAAUUGCAGGAGGUACUUAAAGCAUUAUGAACCGCAUUUGGCGAAUGUAGCCUUAAGUAACGUGGAAUCAUCGAGGACGAUAGCGCAAGUUUUGUACGAUAUGAACGACGUCUCGUCGAGCCACAGGUGACCAAGACGCGACCACAAGUGCGUUCGUUUUUGGGACAUUCAGUGAAAAAGAGUAUAAAAUAAAACUUGGCUAAUGAACGAUUAUUUUGACGGUGGAAAAAAGAAAAUAGGACUUAAGGAAUGUGUUGUAUAAAAAAAAACGAAGUAAUAAGUGGCCGUGUACAAAUCGAUAUAUGAAUAGGUGUAAGAGCCUAAUUGUUAUUUUUAUAUUAUUUACUAGUGUGUAAAACGUAAUUGCUUCGAAAUCUAAAUCUAAGUAGCUCGGUUUUGAUGAGGAGAGAAAGGUUUUAAGGUGAUGAAAGAUGAUAAUGAGAAUGACAUAAUAAUGAUGGGUGAGAGGAAGAUGACGGAGUACAGUUUUUUUGUGUUUUUUUUAUAUGCAGUCCAAUGAAAUCUGUAUAUAAAAAAAUAUGUUGUAAUCGUGAAAAAACUGUGCAAUUUAUUUUGGAAUAUAUUUAUUAAAAACACCAUCCCUAUAGCAAAAAAAGGAAAUAAUGAAACGAGGUUUUGUUACUGUCCAACGUUUCUUGUGAUAUACAAGCACACGGUUUGUUUAUUAUUAUUAUUUUUUCGUUUAUUCGUUUAUUCUCUUUUUUUAUAAUUUUCUCAGCAGUAUUAAGCGGAAAGGUUUCGAGAAAGGGGCUCGAGAAUCUCUAGUUUGUAAUUUAAAAACGAUUUUAUAGCAAAGCAAGCAAAGCAGACUGAUUUACUACAAUCCUCGUGGACGCGAACGGAAGUGAGUUUUAAAAAACUAAAUAAGUUUCAUGUGUUUUAGCAUAUCCAACUCUACUUACCACUUUAAAAAAAGAGGAGAGAGUAUGAAACUAAAAGAUAUAAAAAAUUACACAACAUAACACACACAUACACACAGACACAUUGUAAAACUGUUUACAAACGUGUAAAAGAAUAAAAGCUGCAUUUAAUGUCCAAGUUUGGUCCUUUCUCGUGUUUGUUUUCAGGUAUUCAUUUAUAUUUUGAAAAAAAAACUUUACCUUUUAAAAAAAAAGUAAAAGAAACGACGUCUUACGUGUCGCCGUUUUCUUUUUUUUAUUUUGUCUUUUUUUCGAGCGCUCGCAAUAGGUCUUAAGGGUCGUUGGCCGCACGCAUGAAGAAAUUAACCCCUUUAUUCCUAAGAGUAACUAUUUUUAAUCGCCACGGGGACGUUUCUUCAAACUGGCGGUCGCACACCUCGUAAAUUGUAGCAGUUAUGUAUCAUAGAUCAUCGUAUAUUUAAUCCAUUAUUGUUUAGUUAUUUACAAAUCAUUUUUUAUCGAUGUUAAUAAAACUUUUGUCCAAAGUUGAUAUACUACUACUACA